CAAUCCCCUCUUUCUUUUCUCCAUCUUAGCCGCCGUCAUGAAGGUCGAGCUUUGUAGUUUCAGUGGGUACAAGAUCUACCCCGGUCACGGCCGGCGAUACGCCAGGAUAGACGGAAAGGUCUUCCAGUUCCUGAAUGCAAAAUGCGAGUCGGCCUUCCUGUCCAAGAGGAAUCCCCGACAGAUCAACUGGACUGUCCUCUACAGACGCAAGCACAAGAAGGGCCAGUCUGAAGAGGUUCAGAAGAAGCGAACUCGUCGGGCUGUGAAGUUCCAGAGGGCCAUCACUGGUGCCUCUCUUGCUGAGAUCCUGGCCAAGAGGAACCAGAAGCCCGAGGUCCGCAAGGCCCAGCGGGAGCAGGCCAUCAGGGCUGCAAAAGAAGCCAAAAAGGCCAAACAGGCAACUAAGAAGGUGGCUGCUCCAAGUGCUAAGGCCCCUGCGAAAGCAGCUCCGAAGCAGAAGAUUGCCAAGCCUAUGAAGGCACAGGCUCCACGUGUUGGUGGAAAGCGCUAAAUUUAAGAUCCGAUGACCAUUUGUGAAUAAAGCUUUUGACAGUGUGUACUGUA